AUGUUACAAUGUAUUGUUAUUUUUUUACUUUAUUCUUCAAAAAUGAAAGAAAAGUAUACAAACAUAAUUGAAUGUGGUAUUUUGAAAUUUUCACAGAAUUUUAAAAGUAUAAGCAAAAGAUACUUUUCAUCUAAGAAUAUUGUUAAAAAGAAUUUUCUACAUUUAAAUUUUAAUGAAAAGUUUGAAGUAUUUUAUCAUAAUCUUGAUUUUAUGAAAUAUAUUUUACUAAAUAAUGGAAAAUUGUAUGAAUCUCAUUCAAGUGAAUAUGAUCAAUUAAAUAAAAUAAAAAAUUUGAAUGGAAAAUUUAUUACCAUUAUACUAAAUAAUACUUUAGAUAAAUAUACAGGUAAAAUAAUUUCCAACUCAGAUAUUAUAAUUUGUGCUGAUGGUGGAGCUAAUAGGUUAUAUAAUUUUUGUUUAAAAUUAAAAGAAGAAAAAAAUAUAAAUAAUAAACAAGAUUUAAAAGAAAGAAACGAAAAAAACAAAAUUGAAAUAGAUACAGGUAAAAAUGAAGACGUAAAAAGUAUUUAUAUGGAAGAUUUUUCAAGUAAAAGUACGAACAAUUCAGAUAUUAAUAUAUCAGAGAUAGAAGAAAAAGAUAUUUUAUAUAAAAAAAUAGAUAAAAAAAAAAAUGAUAAAAAUUUAAAAAAUAAUGGAGAAUGUACAGAUAAAAACAUUUUGUAUAAUAAAUUGGAUAAUAUAUUUAUUGAACCAAUAAAAAGAAAUAAAAACGAUUUAAAUUUCCCGCUUAAAAUAUUACCAGAUUUAGUUUGUGGUGAUUUUGAUAGUAUAAAUUCAGAAGUAUAUAACUAUUAUAAAAGCAAAUCAGUUUUAUUUGAAAGGUGUGAAGAUCAGAUAACAACUGACUUGGAUAAAUGUAUAAAUAAAAUAAAAGGAUACAUUAAAGAAAAUGAUAAAAUAAUAGUGUUAGGUGCAACAGGAAACAGGUUUGAUCAAACCUGUGCAAAUAUCUCAUCAUUGUAUAAAAAUAUAUCUUUAAAUAUAUAUUUGAUAAGUGAAAAUAAUUUCUUAUUUUUAUUAAAAGAAGGAAAUCAUAUUGUAAAUGUAAAUUUAAAUAUUUUUGAAAAAAAUUGUGGAAUUUUGCCAAUCGGUAACAAAUGUAAAGUUAAAACAGAAGGAUUAAAAUAUAAUUUAAAUUAUACAUAUUUAAGUUUUGACACCAUAAUAAGCUCAUCAAAUGAAAUUGUUCAAAAUGAAGUGAAAAUUUUUAAUGAAUCUCCUGUUUUGUGGUAUUCUCAGUUAAAAGAAAUUUAA